CCUUUAAUCCCAGGAUUUGGGAUGUAGAGGUAGGAGAAUCUCUGAGUCUACAUAGUAAGUUCUAGGACAGCCAUAGCUACACAGUGAGACCAUCUCGAAAAUUUUCUUAAAUUACACUUAGUAAUUUGUGCAUGCAGGUAAAGGUAUGUAUAUCAGUGUGUAGAAGUUUAGAGGACAACCUGUGGGAAUUGGUUAUAAGACUCAGCUCAUCAGACUGGGUAGCAAGUAUUUUUCCCCAUUGGUGAGCUGGGGUUUGAGACAGGGUUUUUCUAUACACCUCUGGUUGUCCUGGAACUUGCUAUAUAGACCAGGCUGUCAAACUCACAGAGACCUGCUUGUCUCUGCCUGCCACAUGCCACAAUUAAGGACUGCACCACCAUGCCUGCUGGCUUACAAUUCAACCUUUUUCUCUUUAUUAUUUUCAUUGGUCUUUUGCCUCUAUGUAUGUUUGUGUGUAUGUGUGUGGCGGGCGGGUAUUAGAUCCCCUGGAACUGGAGUUAGACAAUUGUGAGCUACCAUGUGAGUGCUGGGAAUUGAAUGAACCUCUGAGGCAUCUCUGCGGCCCUACCAUAUGACUUUUUAUUUUCUUUUAUUUUUACUAAUUUAUUUACUUUUUUUUUGAGCCAAAUGUCUCUGUAGCUUUGGAGCCUGUUCUGGAACUCAGUCUGGCCUUGAACUCAGAGAUUCACCUGCCCCUUCCUCCCAAGUACAGAGAUUAAAGGCUUGUACCACCACCACCACUAUCCGGACCAGUUGACUUAUUUUUUUUAAAAAUAUUUAUUAUGUAUACAAUAUUCUGUGUAUAUGCCUAAAGGUCAGAAGAGGGCACCAGACCUCAUUACAGAUGGUUGUGAGCCACCAUGUGGUUGCUGGGAAUUGAACUCAGGACCUUUGGAAGAGCAGGCAAUCCUCUUAACCACUGAGCCAUCUUUCCAGCCCCCAUUUGACUUUUUAAAAGUGACUUUUCUGCUGUUUCUACUGAACCAUUUACCUUAGCUGCCACUAUCCUCUUUUGGAAAAACAAAAGCCGUAAGGAAAAUGGUACCUUACUCAUGGUAAUCCUGCAGUCUCAGCACUUUUUGCGUGUAUUCCAGAGGGUUGGGAUUGUAGGCAUGAGCAGCCACGCAUAGAUAUCAACAGCCAAGUUGGUCUCUAACUCACUAUGUUAGAGACCUUUCGAGUGCUGGGAUUGCACACAUCUCCAUUCAGGUGUCUUUAGAGUCUAUCCAGACGAUUCUGUGGCAUUCUAUAAGACACUCUUAACAGAGAGCCUGGGGAAUGGCAUGUGGAAAGAUUAUUCUCUGUCACCCUUCUACUGUUUGGAGUUUCCCCUGUAUUACUGGUUCAACUUCAACUUUAAGGAAGAGAAGGGAUUUAUUUCAGCGUGUCCAGGAUAAGGUGCCCUCUCUUUUUUCCACAGUGUUGUCGCAAGAGAAGAUGGGAAAGGGCUGCAAGGUUGUCGUCUGUGGGUUGUUGUCUGUUGGGAAAACUGCCAUUCUGGAGCAACUCCUUUAUGGGAAUCAUACUAUCGGCAUGGAGGACUGCGAGACCAUGGAAGACGUGUACAUGGCCUCAGUGGAGACAGACCGCGGGGUGAAGGAGCAGCUCCACUUAUAUGACACGCGAGGCCUGCAGGAAGGCGUGGAACUACCAAAGCAUUACUUCUCUUUCGCUGACGGCUUUGUUCUUGUGUACAGUGUGAAUAACCUGGAGUCCUUUCAAAGGGUGGAGCUUCUGAAGAAGGAAAUCGAUAAAUUCAAAGACAAGAAAGAGGUGGCAAUUGUCGUGCUGGGAAACAAAAUCGACCUCUCCGAGCAGAGACAAGUAGACGCUGAAGUGGCACAGCGGUGGGCGAAAAGCGAGAAGGUGAAGCUGUGGGAGGUGACGGUGACAGACCGGAGGACGCUGAUCGAGCCCUUCACUUUACUAGCCAGCAAGCUCUCCCAGCCCCAGAGCAAAUCCAGCUUCCCUUUGCCCGGCAGGAAGAACAAAGGGAACUCCAAUUCUGAAAACUGAGUCAGAUCUUGAAAUGUCUGUAGCAUGGCACAGUUAUGAUGUAACAUGGCUCUUUACAAAACCACCUCCGGGCUUAAGUGGUAAUUCAAUGCACUUUACACUAUAAUUAACUUAUUGGGCUUAUUUAUUACUGUUAGACAUAUUUUAUCUUUGUUAUUUAUGUUGUACUUGUCAUUAAUAGUAAAAUAAAAUAUGGAAUGUAUGUGAUGUUCCAUGGGAACCUUCCAGCCUGUCAGGAACUGUCAUAGUCAUUGUAAUUUCAUGCAGAUUCCUCACUGUGAACAUAAUUUCAAAAAGGCUUAUUCCUGUAUGUCUAGGAUAUGUGUGUGCAGCCAACUUUCUUCCAUCUAUGCCUAAGUUCCAGAGGCUGCUGGACUUGCAUGGCAAGCACCCUUUCAGUAGCGAAGGUUGAAUAGGACUGGAAAGAUUGGUCAGUAGUUAAGACUGAUGCUCUUGCAGAAGACCCAGGUUCAAUUGCUAGUACCUACACAGUGGCUCACAACCACCAGUAACUGAUUCCACGGGAUCCAGUGUCCUCUUUUGGCUUCUUUAGGUACCGCAUGCACAGAGAGGAAAUGAACACAGCCGGGUCAGGGUUGUUCUUAAUAUUGUUUAUUAGCACAGUAACAAAUGCAGACGUAAGAAGUCUAAAACACAUAACCAGUCCACUGAGCAGUUCCUAUUUCACACCUACAGUUAACAGCUUAAGGUAUUUCACUACAGGGUUCCACAAAUCCUGAUUCAACCUUUAAAGUAACUUGCAUAUGAAAUAAAAUACAUUAACUACUCGUUUCCUACAUGGUGUCUCAUAGCCAGGUGUCCAUUUUACAUGUACGAGGUAACAAUCUCUACAAACUGUUAAAUACCAUUGUUUUCCUCUAAGAAGGAAAAACAAAUUCCAACUUUUUAAAAGAAGAAAGUAGGACUUUGCAUCAAUGGCCAAGUGUGUAACCUAUACAAAUGUAAGCUCAUUUAGAAAUUACAGUAGACUACACUCAAUGAAACCCAAGUGUCUACACGCGCAUUCUUUCCUGUUGUACUAAAAGUAAGCUAAUCUCGCAAAACUGACAGCUCUAAAAGUCACUAUUACCAAUUUGUCUACUGUAGCAAGAUACCUUAAGUUACAACAAAA